AUGAUUUCUUCAGCGAUGUCCGGAGUUUUAGCAAGGCUGCUCUUCUACCCUACAUUAGCCUACAAUGUCAUCAUGGAGAAGGUGUCAUCGCGAAGGUGGUUUGACCGUGUGGACGAGACAGUACUUCUUGGAGCGCUGCCCUUCAGAUCCAUGACCAAACAGCUGGUAGAAGGUGAAAACGUCCGAGGAGUUAUCACAAUGAAUGAGAACUAUGAGACCAAAUUCUUCUGCAACUCUGCUGAGGAGUGGAAGGCUGUUGGAGUGGAGCAACUGAGGCUAAGCACAGUUGACCUAACCGGUGUUCCCAGUAUGGAGAACCUGCACAGGGGAGUUGAGUUUGCUAUGCAACACCGAGAGAAUGGAACAUGCGUAUACGUCCACUGCAAGGCUGGACGAUCCCGCAGUGCUACGCUGGCUGCUGCUUACCUCAUUCGGCUGCACCGUUGGACCCCUGAGGAGGCGUGUCAGAAGCUGGCAUCUGUCCGGCCUCACAUCCUUGUGCAUACUGCCCAGCUAAAGAUGCUGAGGAAAUUCUAUGGACAGGUGUGUGCCCAGUCCCAAUAG